AUGGCGUCCUCGGUACAGGGAGGUUACUUUCCAAUGUACCCCGUCCAAGAUCUCCUGCCGGACCCGGAGAUCCGGACCUUCAUCACCAACUUUUACCGCAUCUCCGACAACCCAGACUCCAACGAGCUGUGGGUGAGCCACUUUACCGAAGAUGCGCAGGUCACCAUGGGCAACGACACGGGCCGCGGCCAGCAAGCGAUUCGGGAGCUUCGCGAGAAGAUGUGGACCGUCGUGGCUGAGCGCAAGCACACGGUCAACAAGGUCUUUCCGGCGCGAUUCCAGGACGAGGACGGCGAGUGCGAGUGCAUGCUGUUUGGCGACGUGCAUCUCAAGACCAAGGAGGGCCAGGAGCUCGUUGUGCCCUGGGCGGGCCAUGCGACCCUGACCAAAGCCGUCGAUGGUCCGAAGGAAGAAUGGAAGUUUUCGCAGUAUCGAGUUUGGCUCCAGAGGUGA